AUGGAUAGUCCACUCGUUUCACCGGCUAAGGCCCGCCAGGCUGCUAUCCAAGCUAAAGAUUGGGCUUACGUGAACUCCUGGCUUAAUCGACAAUACGCGCCCAAACCGGUCCCCAAGUUCGAGCGCAAUGAAGAUACCCUCCGCGUCCUCCUGACCCUAGCUGCAGCCAAUGAUUCUGCAGAUGAAGAAGCCACUCUACAACAUUGCGCGCGCGAAGAUGCUGUUGAUGCGUACAAAAGACGGGAAGAGUUCGAACGCAAUGAUCCCCACGAACAACAGAAGAACCAACUCCUUGAUGAAGUCGAAAUGUGCUUGGAUGACAAAGGAAGAUGCGAUCUAGAAGACCUCGCCGACUCCGCUGCAGCUCUGGGCAAUACCUUAAAUCCGAACCCGGGAGAUCUGGGGCAGUCAAUUGUGGAACUCACGGUGGAGGAGUUCGAGGCCCAGGAACAAAUUGCAAAGGUGGACACAUUACAUCGGUACCUUCAGCGAGAGCUGGCACGGCUACAGAUGGAGCUUGAGGAAUUGAAGACCGACGUGGCGUACGAGACGCCUUCUGAUGCACAAAGCUUGACGUCGGAGUGGACACGCGGCACGAAGACACUUGCGAUCAAGGUCGGGGAGUACCAAGAUCGCAUUGCAUCACUAGAAAAGGUCCAGCCCCGGGGGCCAACUAUUGAGGAGCUGAUGGUGGAGGAGGAAAACGUUCUCAAAAUGCGGGAGACGGUGAAGGCCCUGCAAGGCCGCGUGAGGGCGUUCCACGAUCUUCCCAAGGAUACCCCAGGGGCACGGGCAAAGUAUAAAGAACUAGAGCGCGAGCUUAGACAGCUUAAGCGACAACGAGAUUCAAUAGUUGACAGUAUAGGCGAGCGGUAUUAA